AAUAUGCGUUCCGUUCUCGCCUAUGUUCUGGCCAUGCUGGGCACCAGCACUACUCUCGAGAAACCAGUCGGCGUGCCAGGACUAAUCCUCACAGAAGAAUACACGGACAAGGUUGCCAACCAUUCUGCGUCAUUCCAUCCAAAUUUCAGCAAGAAUACUCCCGAAGGAAUCCAAGCCAAUGGCCGCCUCGUUACACCCGAUGUCGACCUAUUUUUUGGUACAUCUGCGGGCCUUGGAAGAGCCGCGUUUGUCCAAGCAUUGGCGUUUGAUCCCUCCGGAGGACUUCGGGCUCAGUUUCUUGACAGACUUAUCAUCGUUGAGGGCAACAUCGCUGCAACACUGAGUGCCAGUCGAAUCACUUCGAACAGCUCAGAUCUUCACAUUGAGACAACAUUAGCAGAAACCAUGAUUUUCGACAAAGAUGCACUUCUGAGUCGCAUCGUUAGCAUCAGCGAGGGUGGACUUGUAGCAGCUCAAUCAGCUGGUCAGAUAGCACCGCCGCCUCUCGAGCCGAUUGUGCGGAAUCCUAUUGCCAACACAUCUUCCGGCUUUACCUUCAAAAUCAAGGAGAAGGCUGCGCAAUUCAACAUCAACUUCAACAGCAAAAACGCUUCAGCCAACGGGCUACUCGCCACGGAAAACGUCACCGUUGUUUCUGAUGGCCGAAAUUCCACAGGUCGUGCCUCACUGGUUAAUUUGUUUACACGCUACAACACUUCGGUGCCAGAUCUCCUGCUUCAUGACGAGUUUGUUAUCGCACAAGGCAACUGGGCUGCCACCGAGUAUAUAUUCCAGGGAACACGCAAUGGCACUUUCACUAUGGUUAAUGGAACGGAGAUUGCACCCAAUGGGGCUCAGUAUCGUGGAAGAGGAAUGCGGUUUAUGAGAUUUAACAAGGAUGGUUUGGUUGAUCUGUUUUGGCAAGCAGCUGAUAAUGAUGUCUUUGUCAAUCCGCUGGGCCUGUUGAAUCCUCUUGCGACAUUGAACAGCGUCGCACCUCAGUGUAUUGCCCAGCUGCCGGCUUAA